AUGGAACUGCUAAAAAGCUUCCUGCAAAGCAAUUCGUAUGGUCUUUUCCAUCUUUCCAAAGAACUUUUGGAUAAAGGGUUCUUCAAAAGGCAUCUAAGCGAUUACCAAUAUACCAUUGUGUCAAAUAUUCUCAAACAAGACAACUUCAACCUAUGGAAUCAGUUUCUCGAAGGAAACUGUCGUCUAGAUAUCACGUAUCCUGAACGAGAAGGCUCCGAAGGUGAUGACCCGAUUGAGGAUGGUGUUAGGCCCAUGACGAAUUUGGCAUUUCAUAUGCGAUAUAUCUUAUGGGAGAAGGCCAUUGACUACUUCUAUGAAGAUAACCUCAAGGGCACCGACCACUCGUUGAAAAGUCAAUCAGGCGAGUCCGGUAACACCUACGACUUGAUUGAGAGCCUCGAUAGUAUACAACCUGAUCUGGAAAAGAUGGAGCAGGAAGAGGACUCUUCUGCAAAGAAGCCUGUUAGAGAGGAGGAAGAUGACUAUGACGACGAUGAAGAGGACGAAUCAGAUGAAAAACUGAAGGAUAAAGAUCAACUGAAUGGUGACGAUAAAAACCAAAACGGGGAACUACAAUUAGAUGGUGGUUACGUCAAGGUUGAAAUACCCUCUACUGAAUUCACUGUCAAGGCCGCGCCUCAAGCAGAUACCACCACAACGGAACUAGAAACAACCCCUGCUGAAGGCAACGAAUAUUCCUCAAACAAUGCUGCUCAGAGUCUUGAAGAUCAAGAGUCAUUAGUGAAGGAGUUCAACAAAGUGUAUCAUAAUUUCGAGUACGACAAAGAGACACUCAUAAAGCGCAGGAAGCUUGAAAAGUCAGAUAUGCAAAUCGAGUCACAGAAACCUGGCGGUGAUGAUCCUACAAACCAGAUACCUAUUAACUUAGGUUCAGCAUCUCACUCGUUACAACAUCUUUUGGGCAUUAUACAAGACCGACGUGACGAUGUUAGUCUAACUGAUCAUGAUCUUAAGAAAUUGUUCAUGGAUGUGCGGAAGAAUAGAGGUAAGUGGGCCAACGACGACCGUAUUGGCCAGGAGGAACUUUACGAAGCCUGUGAAAAGGUACUUCAAGACUUACGUGGUUAUACUGAACAUUCUACGCCCUUCCUUAACAAGGUCUCCAAAAGGGAGGCUCCCAAUUACGGUUUAAUCAUCAAGAAGCCUAUGGAUUUGAACACCGUCAUGAAGAAACUCAAGAAUCUUACCUACAACUCUAAGCAAGAAUUUGUCGAUGACUUGAUGCUCAUAUGGAAUAAUUGCUUAACUUAUAACGCAGAUCCCAAACAUUACUUGAGAGCACAUGCCAUUGCUAUGCAAAAAAGGACACAGAAACUUGUCCCCAGCAUCCCAGAUAUUGUAAUAAGGAGCAGAUCUGAAGUGGAGAAGGAAGAAGACAUCGACUCAGAGGCAAAAGCUUCCACCCCAGCGCUCAAAGGAGGAAAAAAGGCUUCCAAAAAGGGAAGAAAGAGGAAGCGUGAAGAAGUCAUAAAGUCUGAAGAGGUUGACGGAGUCAGUGAUGCUCAGCUGUCCGAAGCGCCUUCAAAACUGGAAACGCCUGCUCCGCCAUCACAACCCACUCCAGUGGAGAAUGGGAAUACUGCUGCGGAGGAGAAUCCAGUUGACGAAGAGGAAGAAGAGGCGGCAGAGGAAGCUGAUACAGACAUUAGAGAGAACGAGAACGAAGAUGAACAAGACCCAGAGCUACAGUCUUGGAGAACGCUAACCGCAAAGUCUAGAGCUAAUUAUUGUGCUUCUCGUGCUGCUCUUUUUGACAAUGACUUCAAGCUUAAGAUGGAUGCAGAAGCUAUUCUUCGAGAAUCUAGCAAAAUGAAGAACUUUAACCAGUUCUUAGACAAUAAGGAGGUAGUAUCGAAGUCAAGCAAGCUCCUUGAUAAUGAUGAACCAUAUCUUCUUGAGUAUGAUAUCGCUGGAGGAAUACCAGGAAUGAAGUACCCAGGUAUUGAUGAUGAGGAUCAAGAGAGAUUGGAAAAUGAGAUGGUAGAGAAACUUCUUAAGGAAGGCGAUGCUGAUAAGCUCAAAUCUGGUCUCACUCUUCCCACAGAUUCAGGCCUUAACAAGCUUUAUACGGGAAACAUCACAGAGAUCCAAGAAAUUAGGAAGAUCUGUUUCAAGAUUUCUUUGAUUCGCCAGAUGCAAACGCAGCAGUACAUGCAUCGUACGCAAAUGCGUCAGCCAGAGGUUGAGUACAUUAAGGAGGUUGAUGUGGACCCUGUUUCGAAACUUCCAAACCAUGACAUUUUCAGCCAUGAAACUCAGUACGCUGCUUUACGAAAAGGUAUUGCGAAGGUUGCAAUGCACACGGGCUUUGAAACAACCGAGCCGCUUGCUAUUAAUACCUUAACACAAGUGGCCGAAAGAUACAUGCUGAACUUGGCAAAGUCUCUCAAGCUACAUUGUGAGUCGUCUUCAAGCAAUCGUUUAUCCGAUAAAGCAAUCGUUCUUCUCAGUUUGCUCGAAAACGGUGUGGAGAGACCAGAUGACUUGUAUACUUUUGUUGUUGAGAAGGCCGUUAAACAGGAGGCAAAGCUCAAGGACUUGAGGCAAAAGCUUUCAGGCUUUGUCAAAGAGCUUCUUAGACCAAGUUUGCAGACACUCAGCGAACAAAAUUUCGAGAACAACAGUGAACAGUUCAUGACAGGUGAUUUUGCUAGUGAGAUUGGCGAUGAUUUCCUCGGUCUUAAAGAGCUUGGCCUCGACAAAGAGUUCAAUAUGCUUAGCUCUUCGAUUCCAACCUACUUGUUACAUUCUCGUUUGCAAAACUCGCUCUCCAGUGCUGAUCCAGUCAACAAGAGUACUAAGUACGAGGAUUUGAAGGAAUGGAACCAACCAAAGUUGACACAAGCGGAUGUGCCAAACCAGAUCGGCGUCUUACAGCCUUUUUACAACUCUUUGGUUCAAAAGACCGAGACUUUCAUUGUCAAACAGCAAAAGAGAAAAGGCGAGAGCACAGAUCUUCCCCCACCCACCAAGUUAUAUCUUAUUGAGGACGAGGAAUUGCCACAGAAACAGAGAAACAUUCGUCCUCGUCUUCCUCCUACAGGAAAGAUCGCUUCCGUGAAGAAAAAGCUCCUUUCACAAGCCUUCGUGUUAUCAGAUCAUGACUCAGAGAGUGGUAAUGAUACCUUUGAAGAUGCGGAUAAUAUGGGGUUUGAUGCGAUCGCCGGCAGCGAAGACAUCGAGAUGAAAAAUGAGGAUACCAAGAGAAUCAGAGAAAACAUCCUCAACAGAGAUGUUUUUGGAAGGACGGUGCUCCAUAUCACUGUCCUCUGUGACUUACCUGACUUGAUGAGCCAGGUGUUACGGAUUCCGGAGGCAAAACAGAUUCUCUUGGCUACUGACUGUGAGAAUGGAUGGAACGUGCUACACUAUAUCUUUUACCAUAAACGGUUUCGCUGCUUUGUGGUGCUUCUAGAGUACUUGGAGAAGGCGUCUGUGGGAAACGUUUCUACGCUACACGAGCUUUUGAAGAAGAAGGACCGGAGCGGGACUCCUCCAGUGUUUUUGUUAAGAAAUGACGUGAAAGACUUUGUGUGGAUCCCAACCUACGUUAAUGAAAAUAAUGACUUUCACCUCGAGUUUAGGUAUCCUGGCCAAGAGAUUGAGAACGCAAGUACCCAGAUGAUGAGAAGGUCGUGGCAGCUCGACCAUAUAAUGUGGGACCGUCAAAGAGGAGCGUCUGACUUAUACGUUAUGGGUUCUAAUGCUAAUCAUUCCCUUGGUGUUGGUGAUUCAACCGACAGAACGGUUCCUGUGAAGCUUGCACACCAUGCGUUCCAGGCUGAACAUAAUGACUUGCAACUGUUUCUUCGAAAACCUCGUUUUAGUGAACUUAGAACUUCAAAGUAUCAUUCUGUUGCUUUGACGACAGAUGGUAGGUUGUUCACCUGCGGCCUAGCUUCCAAAGGCAGAUUAGGAAACGGGACCUCAAGAAACUUAUUCUCGUUCACAGCCGUGAAUAAAUUUGAGAAAGAGAAUAUUUCAGUCACCCAGAUAGCUGUUUCUACAGGCCACAACUUGGCCUUGACCACAUCCAACGAACUUUAUGCGUGGGGGCUGAACGAAUAUAAUCAGUUGGGCUUUGCCUCGACAGAAAAUGUAUCAUACAAGAAUAAUGUCGCCAGGGAGUUUGAGAAUGUUCCCACUUUGAUUGCAACAGGUGUAUUUCGAAAGAAUCCUGGCCGAAUCUGUGGUAUUGCUGCAAGUAAGGUACACUCGGUGGCCUAUACGACUGAUACCAUAUACAUGUGGGGUUUUAAUGUUGGGCAGAUGGGAAUUGACCAAGGUUCUUGCCACCUCAGUCUCAACGUCAAUGGCUCCAUCUUUAAGGGCUCAGUUGUUGAACAUCCGAAGGCAGUUACCUUUAAGGAUGAAAUCAAGUUUAUCACAGCUAGUGAGACUUGUACCUGCGUUGUGACAGGCACCAAUGACAUCUUCGUUUUUUAUCAGAACCAUAGAUGCAAACUUUCAAAGUUACCGACGAGAUCUGGUUCCGACAGCUUCGAUUCUUACAAACCAUCGAGGUUAACUGUUGCCCCAGUGAUCCGUAAGGUUGCUAUGAAGUCUCCAGAGAACAUAUUCGUACUUCUCGAAAGUGGUGAUGUCAUGGCAUUUUCCCUUCCUGGAAACUUUGACAUGAAAUCUGCAAGGAAUGUUAAAUAUUCAUAUUUAUGGAGGGCUUAUGAUUCUAAUUUGCGUGCUGUUGACAUCGACAACUCAUACGAUGGCUCUAUUGUGCUUUGUACCCGAGAUGGCUCAGCUUUCAUGAAAUCCACCCUGGCUGGUCAGACACAGCGUCGUUCGUCGAUCACCUCAAAAACCCCAUCUUUGGCGAUGACAUCGAAGAAUAAGUUUAAGAAGCUUGAGGGAAUAAACAGAGUUGUACAAGUUGCUUGUGACGAGCUCUUCAUAUCGUUUGGAUUUAUGCGUGAUGAGACUGAUAUGCUCCCAUUAAAACUUCAGAAGAAUGAUUUUACAAAAGACAUGGCAUACUUGAGUCUUUUAAGUGAAGCUGACUCUUACCGCAAGCAGGAUCAGUUACUUGACAAGGAUCAUGACGUAAACUGCUAUGUCUCUGACUUCCUCACACCUGCUCGACCUCGACAAAAGAGAGCGGAUCAUCUUCUGUUCCUUCAAGGCGACCGCGAGUAUGAUGAUGAUGACGAUAUCUCUAGAAUGAAGUUCAGCGAUAGACUUUAUCAAAGACUUAUUCAACACCAUACUUAUCUGCGGAAAAAGAAGCUUUUAUUCAAUGAAUUGCACCAGACUUUUGACGACGACGAGGACUUAAGGCUUAGAGGCGUGCUCGAGUCUGAAAGUUCGCUUGACACAUUAUUGAAGCUCGGGAACUCUAUUACCAAAUUUCAUGACGCAUUUAUCGAGUUCAGGUCUGAAGCUAACAUUACCUUUGGAUUUCACACUAGUAUCUUGGCAUGUCGUCUGAAGUUUUUUGACAGGAUCUUGAAUCAGGAGAACGAAGGUGAGUACUUCAUAUCAGAGGGAAUCAAAGGCAACUACGAUCCCAGUAAAGGAUCAUUGACAUUUGAAACCGAUGUUGAUACUCGUGCUGUGCUUAUUUUUCUUCACUUUGUUUAUACCAAUCGUGUAUUGGCUUUUUGGGAAGCAUAUCCUUCUGGGCCCAAGUGUCCACUGCUGGUGAAAAAGACAAAAGACGAUUUUACCCGCUUGAUGGCAGUCUUCCAGAUGGAUGCUUUCCAUACUAAAGAGGAGCAAUUCACUAGCCAGUUUGAAGGCUGCAUUGAGAGAAACAGUGGAGACCUUCUCAUUUGUCUUCGGGAUGGUGAUGUCCGCUGUGAUCCAUCUAUUUUGGCUGCUAGAUCAGCCUUCUUCGAAACUUUCCUCUCAGAAAGAUGGGACGUAUCGGACGAUGAGCUGGAGCAGUCUCCCGAAGAAGAGGUCAGGCACAUCAACUUGGAAGGCAUUGACAAGGCUCAGUUUGAGAUUGUUUUACGUCAUAUACAUGGCUGUAAUGACUUAAAUGUCUUCGAUAAUGCAUAUCUGUCUGUUGCGAAAAACAACGAAAGUGACGAUUUUAUCAAUCUUAUGCUUGACAUGAUUCAGAUUGCGGACGAAUUACUUUUAAUUCAAUUGAAACACUUGUGCGAGCUUGCUAUCAAAGAUCUCAUUAACAUCGAUAACGCCUUAAUUCUUGCUGCUCAUGCCUAUUACCUAUCGGCAUCUAAGCUUUUCAAGUGCUGUUGCUGGUGUAUUUUUAAUAAUCUUGACACAUUGGUAUUUCUGCCUUCGUUUAAAGACCUAGACUGUGAGAUAUUGGUUGAGGUGGAAAAAGAGAUGAGAUUUUUACAGUUGAUGAAACAAACUGACUUUGUUAUUGGUGAUAAGGGAGAGGUCAAUAUCAAUUUACUCAAAUCCUCCAACGGUCCUUCAAUUGACAUGAAUGCGAUUUCUGAAUUUGGGGUUGGCUUGAAUGACAUCUUCUUGACCGACGAUCUGGCAUUCAAGCCCAUCUUCGAUCAAUCACCAGAACAGUUGGGCGGUGUUGAAGAAAAGAAACGUCGCUCUUCAUCUCGAAGACUUUCUAGAAGAGAAAGCGGAGCCGAAUUACAUAGAGAGAUGCAAUCUUUGAAUCUCAACAAGGUAACUCGGAAAGCUAGUGAUUCGGCAAUAGCAGACGAUAUUCCGGUAGAAGAGAGCGACUUUGAAGUCGUUUCCUCCAGAAGAAGGCGAAAGUCGAAGCCAGCUCCGAUACCACCACCUGCUCCAACCUCUCAGUCGGAAACGAGUGACUCUGAGAUAAGCAGGAACCAAAUUUUUGAUAGCUCGAGAUCAGAAAGCGCAAGUCCGCCGCCUUCGAGUGCUCCCAAGCCGGCAGCCCUUAACUGGGGCUCACGCAAUUCUUCCACAAGCUCUAUUGCCAAGUCACCACUAGGUCCAGCUUUAGGUGAUCUGUCACUCCAAACCGGGAAAUCCAAAAGUAAGAUCAAGUUUGCCGCUAAUAAGCCAUCGCAGAAUCAAAGAAAGAAACUUGGAGUCGAGGCACCUAUUGAAAAGAAACCAGAUGUCGAGCCUUCCUCUGCACCAGUCCUCAAGAACCCUUGGAAGCCUGUUGCUUCUUCGCUGGCGUCCCAUGAUAAUAAUUUGGGCAACAUGCCUGUGCUUGGAAGUUCAGAAGAAGUGCCUCAGAAUAGUCCUGGGUCAUUGACGGCAAUCAUGUUGGAAGAAUCAUUAAAGAUCGAGAACCAGAAGUACAUGGAGAGUCAACGGAAGUCGCUUCAAGAGAUCCAACAGGAACAAGAGUUUGCCAAAUGGUGGGAGGAAGAGUCUAGGAGAGUUCAACAAGAAAUGAAAGGGCCCACGUCUAAAUCACGUAACGACAACCAAAAGAACGGCAAGGCUCGAAAGCCACGCAAACCAAAAAAGAAGCCCCCUUCUCAAACUACCAAUUAA